CUUUUUUUCCCUUUGGGUUUUUCCUUCUCUUCAUUUAUUCAUUCUUCUUCUUCUUCCUCUCAAAUUCUCACUUUUUUUUAUAAUUUUUAUUUUUUUCCUCUCUCAUCAUUGAAAAUGGCUUCCAUUUUCUCUCUCUACAUCCCCAUUUUCAUGGCCUACACAGCUUCUAUUUUGCCUUUCUCUUUAGCUUCUUAUCCCAAUUACUCCCCUACCCUCAUUUCUUCUAUCUCCGCCGCGCCGGAGUUUUCACCGUUUCCGUCGCCCUCGCCCUCGCCGGCGUCUGACAUUUCUCCGCUCUUUCCGACACCCGGCGGCGCUACACUUCCUCCGUCCUCUUUGCCUACCAUCCCCUCCAGUCCCAGCCCUCCGAACCCAGAUUUUAUGGACGCCGCGCCGGCUCCGGAGAUGUCUCUUCCGCCGUCUCAGUCCUUGCCAUUCUCCGCCGCUGUCUCUCUCAACUUCGAUGGGUGGUGUUGGCCGGUUUUGGUGGCUCUUACGACGGCUCUCGCGGUGGAGCUCUGCCGGUGACUGGUGAGUCGCCGUUGCUCGGCUUUUAGUGGACGUUGGAGUGUAGUUGUGUUUGAUGGCACUAGUAAUUCUCUUCUUUUACUUUUAUGUCUUUUUGUUACAAUAUAUAAAUUUAAUUUUGUAUUUGAGUUCAAUUUUUGUUUUUUCAAUUCCAUAUUUGGGGGGGUUUUUU